GAAGAGACGUAACAAACUGCUGCAUUAGUCAGGAAGGGAGGAAGGUUCAAGCUGAUGAGAGAAAGAAUCUACGUGAGGGACGGAGUCAGGGGGAGGAAACAUACUGACACGUGUGUGUGUGUGAAAGAGCAGCAGGUGGAAUAGACGGCAAGCUGGAUUAUGGACGAGCAUCUUCGAUUUAAAGGAAGUUCCCUUUGAUGAGCAGAGGCUGCUGCGCAGGAGUACGAAGAGGAUGGGAUGUGUGUCCGUGCUGUGUUUUGCUUUAGGCCGCAAAGUGGGUCAACACUUGAGAAGGAGUUGAAAGGAGAAGCAGAACUGAGGGAGUUUUGUCCUGCUGAAAAAAAGACCAGGAGGGCAGGGAGAGGUUGAACUGUCUGGGGAUAUUUAGCAACGGAUGACUUCCAGAGCUUUUAUCCACAAACCAUUCAUUUUAGAUCAAUUACAUUAUAUCUUGAAAAGAAAAAUGGGUUGUCCAGAAGUGCCUAACCUUUGAAAGAGAUCUGUUUAACAUCUUGACAAACGCUAAACUGGUUUUACAAGCUCCACAUUGACUAAUUUAACUAAAUCUACUCUGCUGCUGGAAAUCUAACCCAACUGGCUUUUUUUUCUUCUGCUGGAAACCGUAUAGCCCUUUUGUUGAGCUGGAUCAAACUUUUCAUCCCAGCAUUAUUUUGGCGUCCAUUUUCUAUCUCGUGACGCAGCCUCCACUCAACCAUAAAGAUAACCCAUCAUCUCUUAAACCCGAAGGCCGAGCAUUCCAACAAAGGAUCACUCUCGUUCGUCCACGGAAAAAGGGACGCACAUUGCUCCACCAUGCAAAGCCCGGGAGCGGAGCACGAUGACUCUUUUGAUUUCCUGUUUAAGAUCAUCCUCAUAGGAGACUCAAACGUGGGGAAGACCUGCGUGGUUCAGAAUUUCAAGUCAGGGGUUUUCUCUGAGAAGCAGCAGAACACCAUCGGGGUGGACUUCACCGUACGAACGGUGGAUAUCGAGGGGAAGAAAGUGAAGAUCCAGGUGUGGGACACGGCGGGUCAGGAGAGGUUUCGUACCAUCACUCAGAGCUACUACCGCAGUGCCCACGGCGCCUUGAUCACCUAUGACAUCACCCGCCGAUCGACCUUUGAGUCAGUGAAACACUGGAUUCACGAGGUGGAGCAGUACGGAGCGGCCAACGUAGUCCUGGUCCUCAUAGGUAACAAAUGUGACCUGGAGGAGGACCGCCAUGUACGGUUCGAAGAAGCCUGCAACCUAGCGAAAGAGCGAGGCAUCCUAGCUGCUCUGGAAACAUCUGCAAAGGAGAGUCAGAAUGUGGAAGAAGCCUUCAUAAUGAUGGCCAGGGAGCUACUGACUCGUAAUGGCCUUAUUGUCCAGCAGGGGGAGGCGGAUAGCAGUAACGCUCCUCGAACCCUGCUCAGGACCAACUCUCGGCCCGUCAGUGGCAGUGCUACCGCCUACACCACACCAGAGAAGAAGACGUGUUGCUGACAAGAAAAAGACUGAAGGACACUUUCAUUGUCAUGAAUGUUGAUGAAGAAAAGUGGAAGAAAAAAAAAUGCUUGAAUCUGGAUUACCGCCAGCGAGGCCUCUGAAAAGAUCUGAGAACCUUGGGAUUGAUGAAGUUUGGUCAGUUAUUAGGAAGUAUUGGAAAAAUCAAUUCAGUGUUUUUUGUGACUUAAGAGAACACGUUUUCCAGGAAGAGGCAGUGAUGAUGAGUGUGAUCAGUGUUUAGUGGGAAAGUUACAGUCAACCAGUUUGACGGCUUUGUGCUUCAGCUGGUGUCAUAAUAUCUUCAGAUGCUAUGGGAGUGUUUUUAAAAUGACCAGAACUACUCCAGGCAUUCAUAUGACUGUUAGUUAAAACUAAAAAAAACAAAAACAAAAAACAUCUACUGGCUUCAAACAUGUCAUCCUGAACAAAACAAAAUGAGGUUUCAUAUCAGUUUUGUUACUGUUGGAACUACUGGUCUUUGUGUUGUAAUUUAUCUAAAUGCUCUCUCAGGCUUCUCUGCUGAUAAAAUGUUUCCCACAUUUCUUUCAAAAGACAGUAAUACGUUAUUAAAAGAGUCUUUUAAAGAGUGUUUCAUCCUUUGUGCCCCUCUGCCUUUGCUGCUACACUCUGGAUGAAAAAUGAGAAUCUGAUGUGAGCCAAAACGCUGUGAAUUAUGCAUUGUCGUAACAAUAAAUGUCUGUGGAUGUGUUCACCACACAU